AUGGCGAAGGGGGAAGGGAGGGGGUGGGAGAAGGGGGAUCGCAGGAAAGUCUCCGAGCAGAAGCUUCGCUUCAGUAAGGAAGACGCGCUCGAGGCCAAAUUAGGAUUCGAUCUGUUCACAGAAGGCGAGACGAGACUGGGAUGGUUGCUCACUCUUUCUACGGUCAGCUACGAACCUUCCGUAUCUAAUUCCCUCUCUCAUUCUUGUCGUGAUUGAUACAGAACUUCAUUUUGAAGCGGUUCCUGUCAGCAUCGUUAGUGUCGUCAUAUAAUUUUGACCGUUGCACAUUCCCAGACAACAGUGCGUUUCUUCUUUUCUCUGGCAUGCAUCAUUCUCCUAUCAAUUUCUUUGCGCCGAUGGGUCGUGUGGAACUGGUUUUAGGUAAGAUACGUGAAAUUAGCGUUAUUUAAAACUUAAUAAAUACAAAAUCCGUGUAUCCAAUUGUAUUCAUUUAUCAAUCGCGACCAAUAAUCACUCCAAGACAUCUGGGUCUAAGGUAAAUAGAAAUGCUGGACAUGUUGAUUGGUUUCCAGGUCAUGUAAGUCACCCUUGUCUUCUACAACCCUCGUCAUGGAAAAAACUGGUAAAAAUGGCUCAGAAUUGAGCGUGUUCCUUGCAUUCUUCGACCACUCUCUCUUCAUGUCUACUCGGUGUCUUUUGAAUCGUUUGUUUACAAUCAGAUGUAUUCACAUCACUGACUUCACAUGAAUUUUAUUUAAAUUUCUAGGGGUUUAUGGGAACUCUCCAAUGCCUCUCUCAUUUUUUCUGGAUACUACUUUCUUGUGUUGUUUUUUAUUGAAUCGGUGGCAUUUGCCAUGUACUUACGGCAGUCUAUAGUUCCACUGGAAAAUUCUAUCAUAUUUGAAUUCGGCCGUUUUAGUCAACCGUAUCUGAGCAUGGCGGGAUAGUGUUAUGUUAGAUGGUGAUGCCGAUGCUACUGCAGUGACAUCAACGAAGGUGACAGUUGUGUUGGCAAUUACGACGAAUGACUGUAUAAAUCUUUGUGAAGAUUCUUCAUGUCUAUCAACUUACACUUUCUGUCGAUAAAAAUCUGUAUCUGUAUAUGAGGCAUUCCGCCAUUCCGUUGGACCAAAGUAUGGCUACCAUGAUGUCUAUAGUGGUUUCCAUGUUGUGCCAUGAAAUUUUUACAGUUCAUCAAACUCCACAAUGAAUUACUAUGUUUUAUUAGUUCUCAUCAGAAUAUUUCUCUUCCGAAAUAAAGUCAAGGUUCAGUUGUCAAUGGAAUCAGCCUCAAACGCUGCUUUUUUAAAUGUGCAGUCUUCUUUGGAGCAUCAAGAGGCCAAUAAAUUAUACAGUUGUGUGGAUCUAUAUUUUAUGUGUCAGGUGAAUCUUGAUCUCAUAUAUGUUUCUUCUUCUUGUCUAUGCAUUUUUUCCUUAGAUGCGAUGCUAUACCUUUAUUCUUUCCAGAAAAAUAUUUUCCUGGAAUUAUGCACGAUAGGGUGAUAUUGUCCUGUGCAUGAUCUGUGCAUCACACGGUCGUCUAGGGUCUUGCAUGAGAAAGUUCCCCAAUCUCAGACAAUUUUUUAGAAUAAAAAUAUACUUGUAACUCUAAAUGUUAAUUUCUCUGUACUGGAUAUCCGUUCAAGCGGCCAAAUAAUUCCUUUUUUGGUUUGCAGGAUGGAAGUACGUUUAAAUGCAAGUACAAAUUUUCUCCUUAUUUCUAUGCUGCUACAAAGGUGCCCUCAAAUGCAUAUUUUAAGAAAUUUAAUUUUAUAUUGUCUAACUAAGGCAUGGCAUGCCCUGUGAGCACACUGCACCCAUAGUUACUUCAAUAUUACCCUGCAGGAAAAUAUGGAACGAGAUGUUGAAGGAUAUCUCAGGAGACGCUAUGAAGGACAAAUUGCUGAAAUUGAGCUAGUGAAAAAAGAGGACUUGGAUUUAGUAAGUAACCUUUCUUAUUUGAUAUCUACAUUUACCAGCCUACAUACUCGCUGUCUAUUGCGUUGAUGUCAUGGUCAGCUUCUCGUGGAGAACUUCUUGCUUCUAUGCUCUAUGUUUUUAAUAGGAUACAUAUGUCUGGGUUACAAAUAAUUUUCUGCUUUAUGAAUCAUAUUAUGAUGGAAUUCUGUUCAAAUGUAGCGUGGAGAGUAAAUUUUCAUCUAACAUAUCAGUUCAAAGUACCUGAAGUAGUGUGUUGAGCAAGAACCCUGGCCAUUCCAUAUGUGCAACUUUGAGCGAAAGAAUGCUGUUUUCCCCUCUGGUUUAUCAAAAAAUGUUGGUUAUAGUAAGUGCAUUUCACAUUUUGAAAAACAAGCAGCCAUGGAUAUUGAUUUCUGUGUCAACUUACGGAAGAAGACUCUGGUGCAUGUUUGAUAAAAAAAUGAUUCGAAGUUCAAGACGGAACCUCAUGGAAAACAUGUUACACCUAAAGCAUUUCGAAAGUGUUUAUUUAUGUUAUCUAGUAUCACAAAAUGCCUCUUUCGAUUAGUUCUCAUUAGUGUUACUGGGAAAAGAAAAGCAUUAUGUUCUCCUUCAAUCACCUUUUAACGUCAUAUCCCUUCCCAAAAUAAUCCACUGGGCGUCCAUCACUUGCGGUCAUGUGGAGAGUUGUCCACGCAUUUGAGUGGCUUUCUACAUAUUUCGAGUUCAGAACCUGUUGCCCAUGAACUCAACUGUUGGCAGGAAACCUCUCGGGUUUACACCAUAUUAAUUGCUCCGGUCAUUCCCAUGUCUUUGACCCCUUCUACCCACAUGGCACGUGGAUUUUUUACAAGGUUACCCAUAUUUCCUCCUAGGCACAUCUGUCAUCUCCUCUGGUUCAUAGGACAUCUCCUUUUUACCCUUUAGUUAUAAGAUCCAUGUCAAUUCACGGCUACUGACGAUUGGCUUCAAGUUUUAAGAAUUAGUUUUAGGGCGAUCUCCUUGUUUGAUAUCAAAUAAGAUGGUGUUUCUAAUAUCAUAACCAAGCAUGCUUCUGCUCUCUUGACAUCAUUCCUGGCCAUCCCAAACCAAACUUGUGCGUUUUAUACAUAAGUUCACUACUGCCUCUUGCAGUGGAAGGUUGUCACAACAUCUGACUUUACUAUGUAGGCUGCUGUGAGGCGGACUGACAGACAAACCAAUAUUUAUGUCUGGUAAAAAAAAAAAAAGAAUUUAUGUUACAAUUUUUUUUAUUGUUUCCUUAUGUAAUGAUUUUGAUAACCUUGACAGCUUGAGAUCAAUGGAUGAAUUAUUUUUCGUUUCACUCACAGGAAAAUAAUAAGCUAUCCAAUUUUAUCUCAGUAUUUUCAAGUUUAUUUUUUGUCGUAUAGAUUUUAUUUUCCCAGUUAGAGUUUACUCUGUCCUGUUAAACUGGAACGUCAAAUUUAUACAAUCUGGUGGAUGCGCAGAGAAAUCAUCUUUCUGGUUUGCAGAAGACGUACUUAAAGAUUCAGUUUGAUACCGUCCAACAAUUAAUGCGUGUAAAGAGUGAUCUAAUGCAUAUUGUUGAAAGGAAUCGUGUGAAAGCUGAUGCUGCAGAAGCAUAUGAAUCCAUAUUUACAGGGAAGAGGUAUGUUGAUAUUGUUACUGUUGCUGCUUAUAUUAAACUUCCAUGGCACCAACGGUGGAUCGAACAUAAUUGGAAUAGCCAUGGCAAAGCUUAAAUAAUUAACAACGGUGGACAAAAAUAUUUCGUCCAGGCUCCAAUGAAGCACUUAUACAUUGGAUGCUUUGAAAAUGAAGCUUCCCGUGAUGAUAAUUGACUUACUGCUGGAUAUUUCAUGUUUAGUAGCCAUGUAGAGAUUUCAUUGUGAGGUUUAAAAAGUUUUCCAGGGUUUCAUUUUUCAGAUGUGCAUUUAUAUAUAAUAAAUGUUUGAAAUUGUUCUUCUAUUCCAAAAAGUAUUCUGACGUUUCUGUGUUAUCUAAAUCUUGUGUAAUUCAUUCAGUAAGGAAAGACCACAAGACUUUAUAGAUUGCAUUGUUGAUCUCAGAGAAUACGAUGUUCCCUAUCACGUUCGCUUUGCAAUUGACAAUGGUUAGUACUUUUUUUAAUGUUGUGACCAUUCCAUCCUUCAUAAGAGUUCCAAGAGCUUGUUGCUGGAAUUCAUUUGUUUACUUUUCUUUAGUGUUUACCAGUGCUUUAUGUUUUGCAGAUGUAAGGUGCGGAGAAUGGUAUGAUGUUAGUAUCUCUGGUAUUAAUGUUUUGCUGCAAAAGAGAAAUGAUCUUCUCCAACGUGCUGAAGUUCACGUUUGUGCAUUUGAUAUUGAGACAACAAAGCUCCCUCUUAAGUUUCCAGAUGCUGAAUAUGAUCAGGUCAUGAUGAUUUCGUACAUGGUGGAUGGACAUGGAUACUUGAUAAUCAAUCGGGAGGUGAAAACCAAGUCAUCAUUUUUUCUAUCCUGAAAAUUCUUUGACAAGAACUUAUCUACUGAUAACUGCUGUUAAAUAUCCUUGCAAAAUUUAUUUGUUGGAAGGUUCAUUCUUUUGCUUAUGUUUAGCCGAUUAAAUCGUGUCGUUCAUAAAGCUGUAUUCGAUGCAGACAUAUCCUACGACUGCUGAAAAUAGUCGUGACAUUUCUAGUUAACUGUUGAAUCAACUGGCAGUGUUGUGGGAAUACAAGGUUGAUAGCUGAAAAUGAAACACAAUGGAAUCAACAUGGAAGCUAACUUGUUGUAGUGCAUUUAUUUAUUUGUCAUUAGAAAUCGGUAUAGUUAGGUUUUCACUAAUAUUGCUAAUUUCUUUUCAACACGAGUUAUCAGCUGCGCAAACUAUUUAUCAGAAAAGAACCUGGAGAGAUUCUACUUUAUUAAUCACUUUUUUGGAUAAAAAAUAAGUUGAAAUAAAUUUGGUUUUUCAAAUAUUGUAUGAACAAAUUUUGUUCAGAUUAUUGCAUGAAAUUUCUUCUCGUUGGUCUCAUUUAGUUCAGCUUAAAGACAUCAGAUUGUGCGUUACUUUUACCUUCUGCAAUUAUUCUUGAGGACGGAUUUGAUGAAGGGCCAGUCAGAUCCUUGCAAUUUGGCUUGACUUAUGCUUGAAUUCUCUUGGGUUGCAUGCGAGUUGAGAAGAUCAUCAUCGUUGCAACACCAUCAUUCACUCCAGUUGUUGGAGAAAAAAGAAAAGGAGGGUAGCAUUGGCAUGGAUACUUAUUAGUUGAUUGGUUAGUCCUGACUUAAAUGCUACUGCACUGGCCUAUUGCUUCUGUACAAGUACCUCCCGUGAGAAGGAAGAUUUUUUUUAUAAUCCUAUUAUUAAUUAGAAAACAUGUUGCAUAACAGUUUUUUUUUAGCGCUGCAUUACAUCAAUCGUGGGGAAAAUAUAGGUGUACAACUGGGUGAUUCUGAUCGUAAUAUGUGUGCCUUUUGUUUAAUGGGUAGUGUGCAGGUUCUCUCCAGCGCACUGUGAAGAUUUUUUGUGUACGAAUUUCCUUUGUUAUUUUUUAGUGCUAGGGGCAAAUGAUUGGCUGGGGGAUGUAAUUUCGUGAGGAUCUCACCAUUUCUUUUGUCUUUUGAUGAGCUGUUCUAAUGGUUUUGUACCCCUGGAGCAGUAUCCUCUCCAUUUGUUUUGCCUCUUAGUCAUUUCCAUGAAUGUGGAAGUAACCCAUUCAAGGUGAUUUCGUAAUCUGCUAUUAGCAACUGGACACCGUUCAGAUGGAUGCACGGGAGAGCUUCAUCCCUUACUCAAAUUCCCUUUGUUUGAAAAAAUGCUGUCGAAUUUGAAUUCCAUUUUGAUUACAUAUUCAUUUUUAUUAGGAUGGGAAGUUAUCAGAAGGAUGGUUACUUUUAAUUUUGUAGCAUCCAUUUGCUCUUCAGAUUCAGUAGUGUUCCUUUUCCUUGAUAGUGUGUUGGAGAUAACAUUGAAGAUUUGGAAUACACACCAAAACCAGAGUUUGAAGGCUAUUUUAAAGUGAAAAAUGUAAAAGAUGAGGUGGGUACUUGUUCAGGUAUAUUGUAUGUUUUAGAAGCAACAACAUAAUUUAGUACUCAAAUGUGUUUUUCUUAUUUUUCAGCAAGAGCUCAUUAAAGACUGGUUUUCUCAUAUGCAAACGGUGAGACCUGGCAUAUAUGUCACCUAUAAUGGGGACUUCUUUGACUGGCCAUUUCUUGAAAAAAGAGCUGCCCAUCAUGGGAUCAAGAUGAGUGAGGUACAUAUCUUUAUUUUUUAAUUGCCCUAGAAAUUUUACUUUGGCAUUAGAACGACUGAAAGAUAUGUUUCUCUUAGGAUUCUAUGCUAUUUAUCCAUAUGUUGAGGACCUGUUACUAUAACUUGCCAUUUAGUCUUAUGUUCAGGACCUGUUACCUUGUAGAAUAUUUUUUUAAAGCUGAUCAUUUUUGCUGAAACUUUCUCUUCUGUUUAUUUGUGACAUCAGUAGAUUAUGUUUUUCGCGUGUACUCUUUUCUACACUAUUUUUUACUCAAAUAGAAAUAUCUAUAAUUUCAUGGCCGAUCGUCCUCGUCUUAAACCUUAUUUAGUUCUGAAACACCUUCAAAUAUUUCUUCUCUGGUCAUUUCUAAUUUUUGGUAAACUACGUUUUUACUUUUAGUGCCUUGAUCCCCAGAUAGACUAAUGGAAAAGGAGGGAAUAUUACUUAUUUAUUUAUUUUGAAAUUUCUUUCAUGUCCUAAUUUUAUUUAAAUUUCACGCCAAUGUUACAGGAACUAGGGUUUGUAUGCGACAGUGUUCAGGGAGAAUGCCGCGCCAAAUUUUCUUGCCAUCUGGACUGUUUUGCUUGGGUCAAGCGUGACAGUUAUUUACCACAAGGGAGUCAUGGUCUAAAGGUGCAAACUUGAAAUUGAGUUUGCUAAAAUAAAUGAAAGAAUUAGUCAAAUGCAUGCCCGUUGUUUCAUCUCCUGGAACGUGAAUGUUUAUAUUAUUAACUCUUUAAAUUUAUUGUUGAUCUCUGUGUGUCAUGCCUAUUCUUGAUCCAUCUGGUAAUGCUUGUGUUUCGGUUUUUUUCAGACCUUACAGUAAGAAAUAUCUAGUUGCUUCUAAAGCUUGAUAGCAUGAUCAUUUAGUUUUGUGGACCAUGGGGCUAAUUUGAAAAUUUCUCUCUUCCCAUCUGAUCAGCAUUCACGUGAUUAAGGCUUAUUAGUUGCUAAUAUUUUAUCAAAAAUAAGUCUAGCAAGUCAUUAUAUGCUGUUAAGAUAAAAACAUGCCCAAACUAGAUAAUCUACACAGAAUCUUAAUCUGUCAUGUACAUGCGACUAGAGUGUUUAGCCACUAAUAUUUGAAACUAUUGUCCUCCCUACGGGCAUUUCCAAUAGUCUCUUGCUUUUGAGGACAGCCGUUGAUAUUGCCUUCUUUGCUCUUCCUUGGUGGUUUUGAACUCGUUAUUUUGCUCAUUUAUUGGGGUUGUAUUCAUCUAUUUCAUGUUUCGUUCCGUGCUUCUGACAGAAGCACACACCAGAGUUCAUGUGAUAUGUGACUGAUUGAUACAAAAGAAUAAUCCAUUGAGUGUCGCCCCCUAGUUCAUAUUUUGCAUUUUUCCAUUGGUACACUUUCUUUCUUUGGACAAUAAAUGCUAUUAUUUUCCAUGGGGCACGAUGUCUCCUCGAUGAGGUUUUUUUUCACAUAGAAUAAUGCUGAACCAACCCUUCAUCCAAGAUGGAACAAAUAAAAUACUAGCAUGUGUUAUGUACAUGAUAAUGCUCAAAAGUCAUUUAGCUGUGGAUUUUUCUGGAUCUAGUGCUAGAUAAUUUGGGAAUUGUUGCCUUUUGAUAGCACCGCUAUCUCUAAUAAAAUUUGAAGAGUUGGGAUAAACCAGAGGAAUUGACCUUUUCUUUCAAAACAAAUAAACCUCUUUUUUCAACAUGAUUCUGCGACCUUUUUUCCUAACUAUGGAAGUACCUAUUCUCUUGUUUAUUCCGUAGGCUGUUACGAAGGCGAAGUUGGGUUAUGAUCCAAUAGAAGUAAACCCUGAAGAUAUGGUUCGCUUUGCCAUGGAAGAGCCCCAGGUAUACUUUGACGAACUUUUUAAUGUAUUUUUACAACAUGAAAUAUAUCAAAUUAAAUACGGUAUGUCUGCCCACUGUUUUUCCAAUCAUGUGUAUGACAUGUAAUAUGGGAUGGAUAGGUUGGUGAAAGUAAACAAAGAAACAUGAUUGUGUUGGGGAUGUAAUGGUUGAUAUCAUAUUAUGCCUCUAUGCUUGGCAUCUUGGUAAUGAAAUAUAUUAUCAGUGCCCAUGUAAAAUCAGGGAUAAGUAAAACGAAAUUGUGAUGACCCUGUUGAUCUUCCCACAUUCUGAUGGGUUUUUUUUUUCCAUGUAAGGUACUUUUUCUUGAUAGCGAGGUAGCUACACAUAGUGACAAUCAAUGACCUUACGUUUUUGGUCUAUGCAGCGAAUUUGCACAGUUGAACCAUCUGUUAUCCCUCUGUCAAUAAACUGUAGACAUCUGUGUAAACUAGUGAUUAAUGAAUUCCAUACUAUUCGGUUCAUAGUUCUUUUAUGUCAGUUUAUCUAAAUCAUCUCUUUUGUGGUUUUCAUUCCAUUUAAAUGAAAUUUCAGACAAUGGCCUCGUACUCCGUAUCAGAUGCUGUGGCAACUUAUUACUUAUACAUGACGUAUGUUCAUCCCUUUAUUUUCUCUCUUGCAACCAUAAUCCCCAUGCCACCUGAUGAGGUUCUACGCAAAGGAAGUGGUACACUCUGUGAAAUGCUUCUCAUGGUCCAAGUGAGUUCUACGCAACACAUUCAAAUUUCCUUGACAAAGAGUUGAUUCUCGUAUUGAUUUAUUUGUUUGCUCGGGUAUCCAUACCACCAAUGAUUGCAGUAAAUAUGUUAUUUGUUUUCAGUGGAUCUCUGUUUCUUCUUGUUUUUUGGUUAGCUUAACAUUUGAAUAUCAACCAUCUAUGCUGAAAUGAUAUCGUCCGCGAAUAAAUUUUACUUUGCACUCUGAUUAUUUGUGGUGAUGAUAUGAAUCUUCUAUUGCCAGACUUUCUUUUCUUGCAGUUCUUACUGGAAGACAAAAACUUUGAAUUGUGCAACUUAUUUUUUCUUCACAAACAUCAAGAAAACAUCUCCUGUUAAAUAAGCGGGUAAAUUAGCUUAGCAAAACAGAAGCUGUCUCAACUGGACGGGUAACAGCAGGACAAGGCUCUGGCCCAGUGUCCUCUGGUCAUAAAAAGGGUCGUAUCUGCACCAGUUCCCACCUGAUUUAUCUGGUUCUAGAGUUUAAUGGAUUAAUUCUGUUACAAACCUCUUGAGAUUUGUGGUGAAAUCUUCACCCUAAUCUUACCUUAGACGAGGCUCACUCAGGGAAUCAGCUCUCUGUUGUAUAGAAGAACCAGAUUGAACAAUUGAAAAUAGAAAUUGAAAAGAUAAUAGAGGUUCUUAGACAGUAGGGUGAGUUCCUGAGGUCGGAUCGAUCCUCUGGAACAGGAGAGCCUGAAUCGGACCUCUCCAGGGAUAGAUCUCCCUCUCCACUCUUUAUUUUUUCUCUCCCCUUCUUAUUUUGGCCUCUUCUAUAUCUAUAGGCCUCAGUACAUUAUUCUAUUGUGGUUCCCCCUCCACGUGGGGGUCUAGGUCCUCUUGUGUAGACGACGGUUGGCUUUGUAACAUUACUCCCCUCCAUGAGUUUCACCUUGUCCACAAGGUGAGAUGUAGGAAAUUGUCGUAGGAAUGCUGAGACUGUCAUCCAUCACAAUUCAAACUCUAGAAGAUGUUUCCAUGAAACUAAUAUCUUUGUGUCUUGAGGAAAUCGAUCUGUGAGCUUCUAUGCCAUCUGGAAUGAGUAUCCAUUCUUAUUCUUCUAAUAGUGUCAGGGGAAUUGGUUGGCUUCUGUUGUCUGUUCUUAGUGUCUUCCUGAGCUAGGAUAUAUGGAACACCAGAUGAACAGCUGAAUGGUCAGGCAAUCAGGGUUUAUAUGCCACUGGUCCAAUUCUUUCCAUAAUAGGAUACAGACCAAAAUAGCGAGGGUUUAGCUUCUCGUUUUCUUUUUUUGCUAGAGAUUUUAUCCAGUAUGAUUUGAUCUUGAGGAAGAUCAGAUCACCCACCUCUAAUUCCACUUCUCGACGAUGCUUAUCUAAUUCUAUAUUUGAUAAGUUUCGGCGGGUUCCUGACAUAUAUUGCUCGAAAAGGAGUCAUUUUAGUGGAAGAAUGAUAGGAAGUAUUGUAACUAUAUUCUGCCCAAUGAAGCCAUAAUUUCCAUUGCUUCAAUUUAUCAAAUACUGCACAUCUCAAGUAAUUUUCUAAGCACCUGUUGACGACUUCAAUUUGUCCAUCUGUUUGAGGGUGGUAAGAGGAGCUAAAUUUGAGUUCAGUUCCCUGUAAUGUGUGUAGUUCACGCCAAAAUGUACUUAAGAAUACUUGUCCCCUGUCAGAGACCACUGUCUUUGGAAACCCAUGGAGCCUUACAAUUUCCUUGAGGAAUAACUGAGCGACCUCCUUGGCUGAGAAUGGAUGAUUUAGGGCAAUGAAAUGAUUGUACUUGCUUAAUCUAUCCACUACUACUAAUAUGGCAUUCGACCCAUGUGAUUUAGGUAAGCCUUCAAUAAAAUUCAUUGAAAGGUCUUCCCAUAUUUGGGUAGGUACAGAUAAUGGUUGUAGAAGUCACAUUAGAGAUAGUGAAGAAGAUUUGCACUGUAAGCAAGUAGGGCAAUUGUUGAUAUAUGUCUUUAUAUUUCUCUUCAUUCCUUGUCAAUAGAAUUGUUGCGAAAUUCUAUGGUAUGUCUUCUGAAAUCUAGAAUGGCCACCCACCAGGCUGUCAUGAAAUAAUUGUAACACUCUGGUAAUGAAAAGAGAAUGUGUUGGCAGAACCAACCUUUCUCUAUAUAGCAAGGAUCCAUCCUUCAAAGAAUAUAAUUCGUUUGUUGUAUUUCCUUUGAACAAGGAAGUUUUAAUCUCUGCACGUUUAGUGUCUUGGUCCACUACUAGUCGGACAGCUUCGAGAUCAAUGGUGUAAUGUGUUAUUGCCUCAUUUAGUUCAACUUGCAGUAAUAACAGACAUCGGGAUAAUGCAUUUAUGACUUGAUUGUUCUUCCCUUCCUUAUAUUUAACUUCAAAACUAUAGCCCAUCAAUUUCACCAAUCAUUUAUGAUAUUCAGCAUGAAUUUCCUUCUAUUCAAAUAAGAAUUUAAGACUGUACUAGUCUAUUUUGAUGAUAAAAUACUGACACAUAAGAUAAUGCCUCCAUUUUCUUACUGUCAACACUAUAGUCAUCAACUCUCAUUCAUAGGCCGAUUUUAAUUUGGCUCUUUUUGGAAGUGUUUGACUGAAAUAAGCUAUUGGGCGCCUUUGUUACAUGAGAACAGCCCCAACACCUAAUCCAAAAGAAUCAGUUUCCAUGAUAAAUUCGUCUGAAAAAUUUGGUAAUGCUAAUACUAGAGCCAUAGUCAUUACUUGUUUAAGGGUCGAGAAGGUUACUUGUGCUUCUCCUAACCAAUACAAUGCAUAUUUUCUUAGUAAUUGUGUUAGUGGCCAGACAAUUGAAGCAUAGUUGGCAAUAAAUUUUCUAUAAUAUCUAGUGAGCCUUAGGAACCCACGGAGUUUCUUAAGAUUUCUAGGAAUUGGCCAAUUAGUCAUGGCAGAUAUCUUCUCCUUAUCGACUUCUACUCCUUCUGUCGAUACCCAAUGACCCAAAUACUCUAGUUUGCUUUCUCCAAAUCUGCAUUUUUUGGCAUUAAUAUGAAAGGAAUUUGUCGAGAGAAUGGAAAAUACCUUCUUCAUAUGCUGCAGGUGUUCAAUCAUAGUGAUGUUAUACACAAGUAUAUCAUCAAAGAAAACCAGUAUGAAUCACCUCAAUUGACAUUGAAAUAUUUGGUUCAUUUAGCGAUUGAAAGGUUGCAAGUGCAUUUGAUAAUUUGAAAGGCAUUAUUUUAAAUUCCUAAUGGCCAUGAUGAGUCUUGAAUGUAGUCUUAGGGACAUCUUCUUUUUUCAUUCUAAUUUGAUAAUACCCUGAUUUUAAAUCUAGUUUUGAAAAAACUGAUUUCUCAUAUAAUUCAUCUAGCAGCUUAUCUACAACUGGAAUGGGGUAACGAUUAGGAACUGUAUCUCGGUUCAAUGCUCUAUAAUCUAUACAAAAUCUCCAUCUGUCAUCUUUCUUCAUGACUAAUAAUGCAGGGCUCGCAUAAGGACUGUCUGAAGGUUGUAUGACCUCUGUUGAUAUGAGUUCUUAGACGAGUGUCUCAAUUUCAUUUUUUUGGAAAUGAGAGUAUUUGUAAGGCCUCAAGUUAAUAGGUUUUGUUCAUGGUAAUAGAUGAAUGACAUGGUCAAAAGGGUGCUCAGGUGGCAUUCAUGUCAAUACUUCAAAAACUUUGAGAAAUUCUUAUUUCAAACUGAUUUCUAAAUCGUUGGGUGCAUUAGGGUCUUUAUGUGAGUAAAUAUGAUGUAAUUCAACCAUAUAUGACUUGCCACUCUUAAGUUCUUUCUCUGGUCUUCUUGAUGACGUAUUGAUUUUUGUAAUACUAGGGUCCCCUUUGAAGAUGUGAACUUUGCCUCCCGUCAUGAACCUCAUUAUGAACUUCUCAUAGUUAGAAAGGAUCCACCCUAAAGUUCUCAACCACUGUAUGCCUAAGAUCACAUCCGUGCCAUUCAACUCUAGUAGUAAAAAAUCUUGUACUAUCAAAACACCUUGCGCAUGGAGAGGAAUGGCCUUGUAAAUUGCUGCACCUGCCACUGUGUUGCCAUUGCCCAUAACUAUGCUAUAGCCAUUUAACUUCUCCAUUUGUAAGGAUAAGUUAUCAAUUAUUUUGGUGCGCAAGAAAUUGUGAGUUGCCCCACUAUCAAUGAGUAUUGACACCUCAGUGUCAUGAAUUUUGCCCCAUCGUUUCAAUGUCCCUUGUUGAGUGAUUCUUGUGACUGAAUUUAAAGAUACGUGUGCAAUGAAAGCCUUCUCAUCCGUGUUGGAUAUGGCCUGAUCAAACAGUUCCCAUCCUUCAUCAGUGCUAUCAUCUUCUAUACUCUUUUGGUCUUCAUCCACAAUAAUAAUAUUCAACUCCUUUUUACAACGAUGCCCCGGAGCGAAUUUUUCAUUGCAGUAGUAGCAUAAUCUCUUAUCUCUUCUCUUCUGAAAUCUUGAUCCGUCAACUUGAGUAUCUUGCGGUUACUCAAAGGUGGCUUGGAUGUCACGGAAUUUCUCUUUGAUGUGCCUUCAGCUGAAUCCUGAUAAAUCCUUUUUGUAAUUACCUCCAUUAUUUGUAUUCUGGAAUUCUCUUUUGUAAGAGUCAUAACGAGGUUGAGGUGGUUCAGACUUUGUAAUCACUUAUUUCCUAUAUAAUUCAUUUCUGCUAUCUUGGAUUUCUCGAAUAUGAAUCUCAGCUUGAAUUGAUAGAUCCAUUGUUUCUCUGAGUUCCAAGGGCUUAUGCAUUGCCAAUUCCGAUCUGAUGUCUGGUUUCAAGCCCCAUACGUAUGCAUCUUCUAAUACUUCUGUGUUUAUAUGAGGUAGAAAGGCUACAAUUCGUUCAAAUUCGGUCAUGUAUUCUCUUAUUGAUGUGGCUUGUUGUAAGCUCAUUAGUUGUUGCAGUGAACUCCUCGUCUCAGACGUCUUGAAACGUUUCCCCAAUUGACUCUUGAAGUCAUGCCAAUCUCGGAAUGGAAACCUGUCUUCCAUCCACAGAUACCAUUCCAGAGCUUCUCCCUCGAUACUCAACAUAAUUUGCUUGAGUCUAUCAUGCUCUCACGUAGGGUUUAGGCGGAAAUAUCUUUCAGCUUGCCUGAUCCAUCCCUCAGGGCUAUCUCCUUGGAAAAUUGGUAACUCUAUUCUCUAAUUUAUCUGUGUUGGGCCAUCUUGUGAAGCUUGGCUUAAAUGAGUGGUGCCAUUAUAAGGUUGCAUUGGUUCCUCUCUUGGACCUUUAUUUGGAUGCGAACUGGAGUGUGGAUCCAUUGUGGAUAAUUUCUGAAGAAUCUGGUUGAGGAUUUCUCUUUGCUCGAUUAGGGAUUGUUCCUCCCUAGCAUAACCCUAUUUCAGAGAUGCAACCUCUUCUUCUAACGAAGUCAUUUGAUGUGCCUUUGACCUGGUGAGCAUCCGCCGAUCAUUUGAUGUGCCUUUGACCUGGAUGAUCGUUCUUCUUGCUGUAGAUCUGCCAAUCUUCUUCCAACAUUCUGACUCUGUGGAAUUACGGUCAAACAAAUUCGUUGUGAGAAUUACCUUUGUUUUUUGAAUUUGUUGUAGUUUAGAUUUUGAAAGAAAUUUUACUUCAGCCUUGCUAAUUCGAUCUUUAUUAUCAGCCGAACAGAAUCUUGCUCUUGUAAUCUUGCACUUGUUGUUAUUAGCUCAGUGGUAGAGCGCGCCCCUGAUAAUUGCGUCGUUGUGCCUGGGCUGUGAGGGCUCUCAGCCACAUGGAUAGUUCAAUGUGCGUCUGUAGGUGGCUUUUCAAGUCCGUCGUCAAAUCCCAGGGCUCAACCCUGGACAGGCGGUGGAAACUACCAAGCUUCAUUUUCAAUUAGGUCUUGCUCUAGCUUCUUUAGGGGUUGUUACUUCUUUAGUAGCUCAACACAUUUCUCCGAGUUCUUGGAAAAAAAAGACCAGGAUGUCUACUCCGAUACUAGUGUUACGAACCUCUUGAGAUUUGGGGUGAAAUCUUCACCCUAAUCUUACCUUAGACGAGGCUCACUCAGGGAAUCAGCUCUCUGUUGUAUAGAAGAACCAGAUUGAACAAUUGAAAAUGGAAAUUGAAAAGACAAUAGAGGUUCGCUGACAGUAGGUGAGUUCCUGAGGUCGGAUCGAUCCUCAGGAACAGGAGAGCCCGAAUCGGACCUCUCUAGGGACAGAUCUCCCUCUCCACUGUCUGUUUUUUCUCUCCCCUUCUUAUUUUGGCCUCUUCUAUAUUUAUAGGCCUCAGUACAUUAUUCUAUUGUGGUCCCCCCUCCAUGUGGGGGUCUAGGUCGUCUUGUGUAGACGACGGUUGACUUCGUAACAAAUUCCUUGGAAAGAUAUUCUCUUAUGGUUUAUUUUUCUUGUCAGUUUGCUUAAACGUUUUAUCUUUUGUUUACAUAAUAUUAGCUUUAUCAUGUCUCAUGAACCUAUUGCGUUCUUUGUUCUUAUUGAUUUUAACUAUUUACAGGCAUAUAAGGCCAAUGUUAUCUGCCCUAACAAGCACCACGCUGAUCCUGAAAAGUUCUAUAACAACCGACUUCUAGAAAGUGAAACGUACAUAGGAGGCCAUGUAGAAUGCCUUGAAAGUGGUGUUUUUAGGUCCGAUCUUCCUACUAAAUUUCAGCUCGAUCCAUCUGCAUUUGAGGUGAGUUUAUACACGAGAAUGCCAUACUACUUGAACGUUAGAUUGCAGUAUUUUUUGAGAUCCGCGUUCUCCUUUUGGACAAGUGAUAUUGUUUGGUUAUUAUGUUUCUCGCAUUUUGGCACUCCUUUGGUCAGCAGUCGUAUAUCAAAUAAUUUUUGUCCAUUUAUCCGAUUCAAGAUGAGGCAACUGUAUUGUAUUUUCCUGUAUGUAUUUCCAACGUUUAUCGUUUUAUGUACAGAGUAUUAUUAAUUCUAGAGAGCCGGAGAGCAUACCUUUCAUAUAGUAUUGUCAUGCAUGCAUAUACAGGCACAUAAGCACAAAGCAUGCCAACAUGAUAAUCUUAGAAUGGGGAAAACAUAGAUGUCGAACAUAUCGUCUUAAGAUCUCUCUCAUGGUCAUGGGAGAUCAAGAUUGAGAUUAGGUUGUAUAUAGGCUCCCCUUGUAGGGUCACUAUGGAGAAAUGCAUUCUUCAUUUUUAAGCCACUAGAGAGGUCACCUACAGAUGACCAAUACAACAAUGAGAUCGGGAAAAAAAAUCUUUGCAGGCAAAAGUUUCUUUACAAUCAUUGAAUUCCAUGAUGAAAGAGAAGGCUACGUAAGAGAGUUCGAUGAUGGAAUGGAGGUAGAGAAAAGCGUGUACAAUCAGAGAUGCACAAAUCACGUUUGUCGAGAUGACAGACAAAAACAUGCUCAAGAGGAGAACAUGAACAUUUCGGUAUGGACGUGAUAAAUAGAAGUGAGAACAUCUUCUGCCUUAAAAGUGGAACGAAUCGAUGAUAAAUAAAGGAAGAUAAUACCUUAUGUGUGAGGAAAACAUAAAAGAAUUGAGUGCGAUAAUGAGUCUAACUAACAUAAUAAAGGAAACUCAUCAUAGAAGACGAUGGAGAGGGAAACCAUGUAUUAGAAAGCACUAAAUCGAAUUGGUUGGAAGGUGCAGAUUCACGUUGAGGAAAAAGGAUUGUUGAGUGCUUGACAAGCUUACGACUCUUACAGUUUGACAACCCAAGACAUUAAAAUGAAACGAAGACACGAGAUGAACUUUGGGAAGAUGACCCCGGCAUGGAGAGUGUAAUACAACAAUAAAAAAUGCUAUAGCCCCGAACUGAAAGAAAAAGACAAUAGUAGGAGGAAGAUGGUGCAGGCUUCCCACUCAACGACUAAUUCCAAUCCUCUAUCCUUUAUAUAAAUAUUUCAUAGAUCAAAAUUAUCUCCAUCAUCAACAAAGUAAAUGAAUCAAAUUAGGUUCAUGUAAAAUUUGGAAAACUUGAAGCACCUGAAAAUGGUACACGAUUGGAAGUGUUAGAUUGAAGAGUGGUGGUACCACGAGAAGAUAAAUGAGCUUCCAUCAAUGUGUGAAUCAACAAAUUAGUCGGAAUAAAAAAACAAAUUAGAAAAUAAUUAACCAUUUGAAGUCAUAUGUUGAGAAGCCUCAAAGUCCCAAAGUUCACAUCAAGAGUAUUAGCUGUGGCAGUCAUAGGAUGGAGUUUAGAGAAGAGACGAACAAAGUUUAAUUGUUGGUAUUGAGAGGAAAGUUGAAUUUGUCUAGUGGCUAACCCUGUUGUAUUAAUAUUAGUUUUAGAUGCGUCUGGGAUGUGCACUUGUCAUGGUAAAAGUUAUGAAGUACGCAAGUGCUUUGUGUGACAAAGCAUCAACAUAAUAUCGCUUGUGGGCAUAGAGGAUCUUGUCCUCCGCCCAAAAGCACCAUGUUGCGCUACAGUAAACUUGGUGGCUUGUGAUUUGGUUUGAGGAGAAAUAACCCAUAUGGCAUCGUUGCUGACUCGUGUACACUAGAUAUUCAUCUUAAGAACAUAGAGAUAAAAAUGUCGUCAUAUGAGGGAGUAGAAAACACAGACGUGAUCAAAGUAGGAAAACACCCUUGGAUGGAGAGAGUGCAUGGUAGUGUCAAUAUGUACAAAUGUUGGUAUCAGGUGUACAUUUUUUGUGUUCACCAGACGCUCUAGACAUGCAAAUGUAUAGGGAUGGAUAUUUACUUUAAAAUAUCAUGUGCUUGAGAAUUCUCCUUGGGUUUUCAAUUUGAGAUUUAAAGAAACCUACGCGAACUCUCUUCUUUUGGGUCCUUGAUAGCCUUUGUAUCCCACGUAGCCUUGACAAAAGGCUACUCCUAUAAUGGCUAGAAAAUGGCUUUCUUUGUUGCUUUUUUUAGUUUUAGCUUUCGAUUUGAGAAAACUAGCUGUUGCAGAUCGAUAAAUGUCUACCUGUAAAAUUAGUUGUUGACACUUCAAUCGUGUAGCCAUAUUUACGUUGUUUUAAUCCUUCUUUCAUUGACUGUCAGCCCUUGCAUUUCUUCUUUUUUGACUCACGUCAAGCAUUGCCACUUUCCGUUGGUAUUGACCACUCUUCUGACGUUGACAUAUCACCUGGACGUAGACAUUUAGUCUCACAACGUUGAACAACUAUUUUUCAUUGAGUCAACUCCUACUAUUUAGGUGUGGGCCCCUCCAUAACCUGGGUUCUGCUUUCUGCAUGUAUUGACACUUACCUUCUAGGUGGUGACUCUGAAAGCCUUCACUUUCUCUGCUUUGAGAAUUUUGGCAUUCGAGUGUCAGCACUCUUUCACUUAGAUGCAAUCGUUCUGUAUAUGUUGACACUUGCUGUUUCUUAGAGAUUUUGUUAGUUUACUCAUAAAAUAGAAUAUAAAUAACAAUAAAGUAGACGCAUUUCUCAAAAGGGCUCCUAGAAUUUUAAUACUUAAAAGACAUAUUUAUUCAAGGCAAUAUUCUAACGUGAUGUUGAAUAAAAAAGUCUCUGAGAUAUAAUUAAUUAGUCUUGAUUCAUCAAAGUCAAUAAAAAGGGGAUUUUAUUACAACUUUAUUGGAAUAUUCGUUUUCAUCUGCACUUGAGCGUUUCUUUGGUAAUCUCUUGAUCUUGGUUGAAUGGUAUUUGGUUGAUUUUUUUUAGGACAAAACAGUGUUUGUAUGACUUUAUCGACAUUCUGGUAUUUGUCCUCUGAUUAUUUUUUUUGCAUAUUACGUUAUUUACUUGGUAUAUAUUCAUGAAAUAUUUGCAACGAUGCCAUCUUCAUAUGACUUCUGUCUUAGUUAAGUGAUGAAAGUGUCUCACGUCCUGAAAAGAUACAUUUUUUUUCAAUAUAAACUUGACCUUUCCAUUUUCCGAUUUCCAGCAACUGAUAAGAAAUUUGGACCGGGACAUUCAAUAUGCAAUAACAAUCGAGGGUAAGAUGGAUAUUGAUUCUGUCUCUAACUAUGAAGAAGUGAAGACUGCUAUCUUAGAAAAGGUUUGGUCCAGAACCCUUUGCCUUACUUCAUAAUUAUUUAUUAUUUAAAAUCCACUAUGUUUCCUUUUUUGUCAUUGUUUUGACUUCAAAUGUAGCAUAUGUCAACAUGUUUUCAUGAAGAUGGAUGAUUCAGGUACAUGAAGAAACCAUGGUUUUCAACGAGUAUGAACCCUAGAAUAUUAUUAUCCUUUCAUUGUACAGAAGGGUUUGCCUGUGAUGGAAUCAGAUUCCUCCCACACCAGAAUUUCGAAUGAUUUCGCCGAUUGCGUUUAGAUAUAGAGAGGAUUAAUUCAUAUGGUCCCUGAAAACAGAUCUUUGUGUUCUAUUUUGUUCACUUUUUGCCAUAUAUGUGCACAGUAAAUUGCGCCGAAAAUUUUCAUUUGUGCUUGAAUUCUUAAACUAUCAAUUUCCAUUACUGAUGUCUAGGUUUAUUUUUUCUCCGCUCGUGUUUGCAUUGUCUAUAGCUUCAAAGCCUAAGGGAUCAUCCAAUUCGUGACGAGUGUCCUCUCAUAUAUCAUCUUGAUGUUGCUGCUAUGUAUCCAAAUAUUAUUCUGACAAACAGGCUUCAGGUAUGGCCUCCUAAUAACCUCUUUCCUUUUUGUAUAUUAUAAAAUAUAGUAUCCUUCCUUAAUCGGUAUGCAAAAAGAAUUGAGACUUUUUGGAAGUUAUAAAUAGUUAUGUAAUUGUUUCGAACAAAAGUAAAUCUGUCCUUGUGAAGUUAAGCCAACUGCAAUUUUCAAUCGUUUUUAGCUGGAUGACCUAAUGAUUUUAGCAAAGAAUCAAAACCGAUAGUUGCCCUGAAGUUGUAUGUUCCAUUUUGCUUUACUCGUGACAAGGCCUAAAAGUAGUCCCUGUGAAGAGGCGUGCAGAGAGUAGUUUUGUAAUGAUUAUUGCAAUAAUAAAUCUGUGAUUAUACUGAUGAGUCUGGUCUAUUUUACUCGAGUUGGUUUGGAGUUGGAUGACCUAAAACAUUAGCAUCAAACCUGCAAUAAGAUUUAUAGGAACAUUUGUUAACAUGAUGGCCAUCAUUCGUUGUUUAGGAUUCCUAAAGUAGAAAGAAAAAAAAUAAAUCUUGACAGCAGCCAAUGAAAAAUUAUGUUUUGUCAUCCGCGUAUAUUUGAUUUACAAUAAUUAGGAAUAGUAUGGUAACACCCGUGCUCAGAACACAACAGAUAAAGCUUUUAUAAAUUUGACGUAUAUUGUUGAAACCUGUUUAUAUAUUUCACUCUUUUGGUGAACAGAACAAGUGAAGAUAAUAAAAACCUGUGUAAUUUUGGUUUAGAGAUUAAAGAUGCUAAAAGCUGCUAUUUUCCUUGGGAGUACGCCUACCACACCAUGAGGAAGAAGAGUUUCUUAAAUGAAUCUGAUAUUUUUAACUCGACAGGACGAAUAAAAAAUUUAUACCAACUUCUAUGACUAUUUUACGAGUCCAUAGACGUAAAUAUAUUCGUGCAUAUUUAAAUUUCGUCAAUUAACCACUGCGUUUGUACAGAUAAGAUAAUCAUGUCUCAUUCAGCUGACCCGAUUUGGUUCAUCUCGUUCUGCCCCAAAGUACUCAUUUUGUUGCUUCUGCUAUGAAAUUCUAUGAACGGGUUCGAUUUUGUUCAAAAUAAGGCAUUAUAGUGAUACUAAACCAACUAAAUGGAUUUUCAAUUACAGCCUCCGUCAAUAGUAUCUGAUGAGGUCUGUACUGCUUGUGAUUUCAAUCGUCCUGGCAAAACAUGUCUUCGGAAGCUUGAGUGGGUUUGGAGAGGAGAAACCUUCACGGCUAAAAAGAGGUCAUUAUCUCAUCUCAUCUUGUGAUUUUCUAGAUAUGAUUGACAAGUCUCAUUCGUGUAUUAGUGAUUUUCAGCGAUUAUUAUCAUUUGAAAAAGCAAAUCGAAUCUGAGCUCGUUGAAGUUGGUGAGGAUAGACUGUCAAAAGCUUUCCUUGACCUUCCAAAGUCGGAACAGCAGCUAAAGAUGAAAGAACGUUUAAAGAAAUACUGCCAAAAGGUAGGAAAUGCUGUUUUAGGUUAUUGCCACAAGGUAGGCAUGUGAUGGUCUCAUCUACAAUAAUUUUUUAUUCAGUGACGUGAUUACUUGUUCUAUAUGUAGGCAUAUAAAAGGGUGCUUGACAAACCACUUACUGAGCUUAGAGAAGCCUGGAUAUGCAUGCGUGAAAAUCCUUUCUAUGUAGAUACUGUGAGAAGGUAUGGAGCGUUCCAUGUUCUGUAUUUCCCUUGAGACGAAAAGUGGAAGUCUGUUAAGAGAGUCUUUCAGCGUCAAGUUUCUGAGCAUAAUUCUGGUGUGAUUUGAAUCUUAACAGAUUGUUGAUAAUUUUAAAAUAAAUUAGAGAACUCAUUUACAUUGUGAACACUAAUGACUUUAUAAUUCAGUUUCCGUGACAGAAGAUAUGAAUACAAGGGCCUCAAUAAAGUUUGGAAAGGAAAGCUGGAAGAUGCAAAAAACAGUGGAAAUUCUAUGAAAAUUCAGGAGGCACAGGUACCAAUCGUAUCGUUUGGUUCUCUUAAAUGUGAGAGUUAAGUUUGUAUUCUCAUUUGCUCUGCUUUUGUCCAUGACAGGAUAUGGUUGUUCUUUAUGAUUCCCUACAGCUUGCCCAUAAAUGUAUUUUAAAUUCAUUUUAUGGUUAUGUCAUGCGCAAGUAAGUAUCAGUGAAGCAUGAAAUUCGGCAAUUGACUCUGUAUCUUGCCCAUGUAUUUUGCGGUCAUUUUUGACUUACUGCUUUACGGUCCUUGUGUAGAGGUGCACGAUGGUACUCAAUGGAAAUGGCUGGUGUUGUGACCUAUACUGGGGCAAAAAUUAUUCAGAAUGCACGUUUAUUAGUUGAAAAGAUUGGAAGGCCACUGGAAUUGGAUACAGAUGGCAUCUGGUGUGCACUGCCAGGAUCUUUCCCUGAGAACUUCACGUUCAAAACCAAGUGAGAGGCAUUUGUUUUUUCGUUUUAUCUGCUUGAUUUUUGAAAAAUUGAGAUACUAUGUGAACAUAUGUCUAAACUUCGAUGCCAGUAUUAGGUCAUUUUGGAUUGACAAUUGUCUUUUAGCCAAGAGGCAUUUCUGUUUUUUCAUGUUGCCGGGUUUAAACUGGAUGAUACUGUGAGUUCUAGUUUUUUUUUUUCUCUGAAGGAUGCUUGAAAUCAAGGUUUCGUGCUUUCUCCUCAACCUACGAAAUUUCUUAUGGCUGCCGGAAUUUUUUUCUUAUUGAAGUCACAUUGUCUUUAUGUUACCACAGUAAUAGUGGUUCAAGUGAUGAGCAGAGUCAUCAAAUCACAAGCUCGAAAAUUGUGUGGGAAACCAAGAGUUUGAUCUCCAUUCAUUUGUAUGAAACCUCUAUGGCAGAGUCGUGAGCUACUGAAUAUUACAGUUGGGUUUGGAACAUAGAUCAGCACAGCCCCAUUCAGCUGUUCUGGAAGAAAAUGCCACACCGACUGAAAUAAACAAAUGAUAACAGCUAUUAUAUGAAAUUUAAUGGUACAAAUUCCUAUAGAAAGAAAACGGACUACAGAACUGCAAGCCGUUUGGUGAUCAGGGUGUUCUUUGCAUCUCCAAUACAAACCUUCACCACCACACCCUCCCCUCCCCCCCCCUUCUCCCCCCCUCCCCCAAUACACACACAUAAUCCUUCUCUCAUUCUCAGUGAUAAAAGGCUGAAAGGGACCAUCAGAGGUGAAUCUUUUUCCCGAUUCCAUUCUUUUGCUCUUGAUUUUGUCAUCCAUUCCUUGCCUCCUUUUCCUCUCGAAGUAGCAUUUUCGAGUACUCUCCUUUCUCUUCUUUUUUGUCUGGGGAGGAAAGACCGAAGGGCAUUUCUAGUUCGGCCUGGGUCUGACCUGAAUCAGUCCAAGAUCUGUGGAACCAUACCAGGGACCUGGAUCAUCAGCACCUAAUCCCAAUCUAGAACUAACACAUUGUGUGGUUUGACUGAUUCAGCAAACACUGCGCAACUAUAAGCUUCAUAAGCAAUUGUUGCAGAUUUUAUGCAAAAAAAAAAUUACUAAGUUCAACUGCGUUGUGUGGUCCUUCAUGAAUUUCUGACUGUAAUUCUGUUUCACGUUAGCCCUUUUAGGUUAGUUUUUUAAAUCAAAGAAUUAUCUAUCUCACGUGAAGGUAAAUCACAUGCUGGGAGAUCUUGUGAUCGUUUUUCUCUAUUGAUUGAAAACAAACGAGCCCAGAGUUGGACUGCCUGUCUAUACACGUGCUCUGUUAUGUAACUUUCUCAUUCAUGCCUGUGGCUUCUCACUAUUGAUAUCAUAUACCAUUUUCUUCAUGCAUGUUUUUGGCGUGGAUAUGACAUCUUUGAUAGCACUUCUUCAUGCAUUUCAGGGACGGAAAGAGAAAGCUUACAAUCUCAUAUCCAUGCGUUAUGCUGAAUGUUGAUGUAGCAAGAAAUAAUACAAAUGAUCAGUAUCAGGUGAAGUUCAUGGCCACUACCAUCUCCAGCUUUUAUGGCAGCUUUCUUCCUGAUUUUCAUUUUUUUUCUAAAAUUCCAACAUCUGCAUCAGACCCUUAAAGACUCCGUGACAAGAACAUAUACUACACACAGUGAAUGCUCCAUUGAAUUUGAAGUGGAUGGCCCAUACAAGGUAAAUUGGAUUAAAUGGAAUAACAAACCCUAGUUGUUGUCAUCUUUCUGCAUUUAAAGCAUUAUAUGGGUGUUUGUGUGUAGGCCAUGGUACUUCCAGCAUCAAAGGAAGAAGGAAUUUUAAUUAAAAAACGAUAUGCUGUUUUUAAUCACGAUGGAACACUGGCUGAACUCAAAGGUUUUGAAAUCAAGCGGAGGGGUGAGCUAAAGCUCAUUAAGGUCUUUCAGGUAUACUUUGUUCCUGAAAUAUUAUUUACCGCUUGUAUUUUCCACCGCUAAUAGACUUUUUGGUAUGCUGUAUUUUAUAUCUUUGAGAUAUUCAGACUGAAUCAUCCGAGGUGACGUUCUUCCAGAAAACCUGAAGAAUUAACUAGAUGGUCUGCAAUAGGUUUCACCCAGACGUAAUCGUGUGCAUGUGUGCACGAAAAAAUUAUUUCACUUUUCAGAUGUUGUUUCUGACUGGUUAUCCUAUAAAAUCAGUAUGCAAAAAUCAUAAAAAAAAUAAAUCCUCGGAGCUGUAAAAUAUUGCAUCUAUAAAACCUUCUGACCGAAAAUAGUGCAUCUCGCAAAAUAUGUUCUAGAAAAUGAACGUAAAUGAAUGUCUAUCCCUUUGGAGACUAAGCACAUCAAUAAAUAAUCGAUGAUUUGGUGGAGGAACCCCCCUGAGUAUUGCUUUUUCUUUCAAAAUUUCCCUCGAAUCUCUUCUCUCUCUUUGUAAUCGCCAUUACUUUCACAUUAUUUACUUGAUUGCUGGCAUAGUAUUGUUCAGUAGUUAGAUUAUUUCUUGGUUUACAGGCUGAGGUUUUUGACAAAUUUCUGCUUGGAUCAACUUUAGAAGAAUGCUAUUCAGCAGUUGCAUCAGUAGCUAACCGCUGGCUAGAUCUUUUGGAUGUAAGACAUACUAGCUGUCCAUCCCAUUUCUGAGAUUUAUUACACAGAACAUUUCUUUCUAAUUUGUAUUCUUUCAGAAUCAAGGGAUAGAUAUUGCUGAUAGCGAACUACUUGACUACAUAUCAGAAUCAAGCACGAUGAGCAAGUCACUCGUUGAAUAUGGAGAACAAAAGUCCUGUUCUGUGACAACUGCCAGACGCCUUGCUGACUUUCUUGGUGACGCAAUGGUAAAAGAUAAGGGACUACAUUGUCGAUAUAUAGUUGCAUGCGAGCCAUGUGUAAGUUAGUUCACUUUUCUUUUCAUCGCCAUGUGCUUUGAGUAGUUUUCAAUACUAAAUGCAAGACGGGAGAGAUGCAAAGGAUGUGUGAGAAAAAUCUGAGGAAUAUUUCUAUAAUAAUCUUUGCUGAACGAAUCCUGAGGAAGCAAAUAAUAGUCAAUACCUCGUGCGUAUUACAUUCGAUUAACUAUAUUCUCCGCUGAGAACUUCUUUUAUGGGUGAUUUUUUUCUGAUAACUUUACACACUGUUGCAUCUUGAAAAUGCGUAUAAAAACCAUGUAAUUUUUACGUUAGACUUACUGCAUUUCUUCGUAUUCUUGAUUCUUCAGAAACAAACUAAAUGAUGCAGUUUCCCCUUUCUGGAUUUAUAAUCGCUUUUCGAGUUAUUGCUUUUCAUUCCCUCUCUAGAAUGGACCGCGAUUACAAACACAUUCUUUGUCGACUUUGAUAGCCGGGAAUCUUCUACAUUUAACAGUAGGGUCUCUCAUCUUCCGUCAUUGUCAUUAAUAGGCGACAUGCAACAUUGCUUGCUUCACCUUCCAUAUUUCCACCCUCCAUAGAGGCCUCACCUGCUCUGCCACGUGCAAUCCUUAGUCUCCCAGGUCCCUGAUCAUGUGCAGUUAAAGCUAAACUUCAGUCUCCGCAUUGUUUUCCCCAUUGUGCAACCCUGAUGUUGGUGCGCGAAGUUAAUAAACCAUCAGAGGAAUGGAAUACAUUUUUUAUGUUUCUUGUUCACUGCCUCGUUUUAUAUCCCUCAUGUUUGCUACUUUGGUUCUCCCAAUCCCUCAUACUGCUUCCAGUCAGUUGAGAAUGACUUCCUUGAAAAAUUACUUUAGGAAGUCAUAAUGUGACUUUGAUUAAGACUGUAGCUGAGGGUGCUUGUGGCUUGGUUUUCUUUCUUCUUUCUGAAAGUCACCCUUUACGAGACCGAAAUCAUGCAAAUGCAUUAAGAAACUCUGCAGUUCAUAGCAUCAGCUUCCUACAAUGCUAUCAGAUUGCUUUUGACUAAGCUUCAUAGCUCUAAUAUUCCUGAAACUUAUGGACGAACAUAUCAAAUCAUGUCACAUUUCUUCCUUGUGAAACCCUAAACAAAUUUAAGUGAACCCAUCCACUGUAUUUGUCAUGGCAUUUAGAAUUUUUUGUGAACCUUACUUUCAGAUCUGUAUAGCGGCCGCUCUAGUUACACAAGAAUUUUAUUGGGAACCAAUAUACGCUAUUUAUUAUGGCAUGUAGAAUAAGCUUCUGUGGCUCUAAUUUGUAUAUGCAGGGAACCCCAGUUAGUGAACGUGCUGUCCCUGUCGCCAUAUUUGAGACUGAUUCAGGUAUCCAAAACGCUGGGAAUUGUUGUUUACAAUGCCAAUUUUUAUUCCUGAUCUGCAUUGACCUUUCUUUUUGUUUUUUAAGAAAUUGUGAAAUUCUAUUUGCGGAAGUGGUGCCGAAUAUCAUCUGAUGUUGGUAUUCGGUCUAUUAUUGAUUGGUCCUAUUAUAAGCAGAGGCUUAGUUCUGCCAUUCAGAAGAUUAUUACCAUUCCUGCUGCAAUGCAGAAGGUGGAUAUACUCUUUUCUUGGGUUUUUGUUUGGUGGUCCUCUUAUCUUUUCUCUAAGUGAGUAAUUCACCUUUUCAGGUUUCAAAUCCAGUCCCCAGGGUGAUCCAUCCUGAUUGGCUGCACAAAAAGGUUCGUGACAAGGACGAUAGAUUUCGCCAGAAGAAAUUACACGACAUGUUUGGGCCUAUAGGCAAUGGUGGAACGAUGCAAAACCAUGCAUCUGUCGACUCAAAUCAUGAACUCCAUGAAAUGAUUAUUGGAGAUAUGGAGGAUAUCAUGAACAAGGAACACCAUUCCUCAACAGUUGGACCUCGACCCACAGUUCGCAGUUAUGCAGCAAAUAAGGAAAACCUUUUAGCCAAUGCAUCUUCCCCAUGCAGCAAGACAUUAGAUCGGCAACAGCAAGAAGAUGGUGCACACGGAAAACAUCAGCCUCUCUUGUCACCGAUGGAGAAUCUUAUUUCAACCGAUAGCAUUGACAGAAAUGUUGACUAUCAAGGAUGGCUUGAUGCAAAGAAAAGAAAAUGGAAAGAUACUCGUGAGAGAAAGAAACGACGCAGGUGACUCAUUAGUUUCCCUUAGAUUAAGGAUGGACAUUUGGGUGGGAUAUUUUGCGGAAAAUGCUUUUGCUUUGGAAGGCUCCGAUGUUUCCAUUAGUUUACAUUUUGGACACUCUUACCCCCAAUUAUACUAAAGAAGCAAUAGACCAUGAUUUAGGUACUAUUGAUGACAAUUGUAAUGGCUACGAUAAGAAGGAUAAGGGGAUCUUCAGUCCUGGAUUAUCUUUAGAAGAAACCAACGGUCAAUAUUACGUAUUAUCUCAACAAAAACCUGAGAGUUCUCACUUUUGUUCCCUGCGUCCCUGAGCCUAUGCAAUUAAUGAUAAUGCCUCCCUGAAUCCGUGGUAUAAUUCACUAUGAUUACCCGUUUCUAUAUUUGUAGAAAUGUUUAAGUGCAUCGAUGAACCUAUUCUCGUACUUUUACUGAAUAUGUUGUCAUACAAGGUUUCAUACUUGCGUUUCGUAGUAGUCAUCAUCCAAUCAAUUACCAUAUCGGGUGUUUAGGAUUCAAGAUCGUAUCCAACUAUUUACUGUUUCCUUAGAUUAUUUAUAUUCAUGAGUUCUAUAUGCAGAAAAGACAAAAUUAAAGCAUCUUGUUGUUCAGAUGCUAGAAAGAGCUCAAUAUACUUGGAUUUUUGAGGCUGCAAUAUUUAAUCUGUGUUUUUUUUUAUUUCCUUGUUUCAUUCCAAAAUCGCUUAACUGUCAAGGUAUUUAGUACGUUAUUUAAUCAAUUCUUUCGUAAUUGUCGUCAACAUGGAGUUUUAGCAAUUCCACGAUUCCAAAGAAUGUGAUAGACCAUGGUAUUGGCCAGUGAAAAUGUUCUCGAUUGGAUUGUUGUCCCAAUUUCAGCAGGAAUCAAACAAGAAUUCAUCCUGCAUUUGCCUUGUGUACGGCUUCAGUAUUCUUUUUAUAUUUCAGGUUAGGUGCUAUGGAUGGAUCAAGCCAGUUUGUUGCCAUGGCUGGAAAUCAUGAGUCUAUGACAAGUAAUAAACAUAAUAUAGCCAAGAAUGGUGCCGUCUCAUUCUUUAGAAGACAAGAAUUACUACUUGUCCACAAUCAUUGGCAGGUACAGCAGUCUGUUCCUCAUUCUCAGAUCAGUUGGGCUUUCCUUUUUUAAAUAUUUACUUUGGUUCCAUUAUAUUUUCCUUUUCUGUAAUUUUUUGAGGCAGAUUAUACAAUUUGUACCAAGUGCAAAACCAGGUCACUUUUUUGCAUGGGUCAUUACCGAAGGAAUCAUGCUUAAAGUUCCUAUAACUGUCCCAAGAAUCUUCUAUCUCAAUUCUAAAGCACCUAUUACAGAAGAAUUUCCGGGAAGGCAUGUGAACAAAAUUCUUCCUCGUGGCAAACCUAAUUUUAAUCUCAUUGAGGUACCCUGUGCGUCAAUCUUACGUGGUUUUUGUGGAUUUUAUCCAAUUACUUUUGUAAGAUAUGCCAUUACAUUUUUAAUUUUUCUUUAUUCUUGGUUCAGGUGGUAAUAGAAGAAGAACAAUUCAGAGCAGAAAGCAGGAAACUCGCUGCUCUUCUGGCCGAUCCAGAAGUUGAAGUAUGAUUUCUAAUUUAUCUAUCACCCUGAAAUGGGCUAAGAUAUUCUAAUUUUAAUAUCUUUGAUUUGUUGAGUUUAUUUAGUUGGUCUGUAAUUUGGAUCAAGGAUUUUGUUCUCAUUUUUCUUGGACAAACUUGGCGUCAUCAUUAGCAAGCACUGUUAACUAUUUCUCAUCCUCCAUACAAAAGACAAUGAAACUUAUUCGUGUUUCAAACAAUAAUUUGAAACAAGAGGCCUAGGGUCACGAUGACUUUAUCUGGGUUUCUUUUGCAGAAUCUUGAGAAAGUGUUAUCACUGCUUAAUCGAUUGAUUUCUUGUCAGGGGAUAUACGAGGCAAAAGUUCGACUGGACUUCAAUGCUGUCAUCCAGCUUGGCUGUGUUUGCAGAGUGGAUAGGAAUGCGAGACACCGUAAUGCCCAAGAUGGAUGGAAUUUGAGUGAAUUGCAUAUGAAGACGACCGUAGAAUGUUCUUACAUGGAGCUAGCUUUCCCAUUCUGUUACUUGUAUAACAGGUGCAUGUGGUUAAUGAAUUCACUUUUUCUAGGUUCUGUCUGUACCAACUACCUAUCUAUUUUAUAGGAAAUUUAUAUCUAGGCCAAAAAAGACUCAGGGAAGAUGUCAUUUAAGUAAUUAUAGAUAAAACCUCCGUAGUAGUCGUGAAAGGCAUAUUUCACAUAGCCAGAGAACUUAUGUAUGUGGCAUGUUUUUACUUUUACUCCAUCUUCAUGUCACGUAUGUUUGACAAUAUACCUAGAACUUCAUUUUAACCUUUGAUCCUGUGAUUUGUCCUCCUGAUUUAAUAUAUUUGGUUAUAGUUAUACCUUGUUUCGUUUAUCACUGUGCAUCGCAUGCAAUAGUUUGACAACUUAGCCGUGGCUUCAGGUAACCCAUUUUAUCUACGUGAGAAAAUUUUAUGAAUCAACUUUUCUAUGAUUCUAUCACAUUAAUUUGUUUUACUUGGAGGAAAAUUUUCACGAAAGUCUUUCUAAGAACUUUAUUUUGGUGCCAGUUUGUCUGACGGAAGGGGGAUAUAUGCUGUCUAUUUCCCAGCAUCUGCGAUAAUAACGGUACUGGUGGUUAAUCCUUUCCUAAACAAAGAAUUGUCCUCAUCCAUUCUCGAUAGACAAUUUCGGGAGGCUUCACAAGUACUGUCCCUGAAUUCUGGCACCCCAAAAAAUCAGAUUACUUUCAAGGUUUGAUGAUUGUUAUGGUGUGAAAUCAUGGACUUUACUGUUCUUCUAUCAUUACUGGAUUUUUGGUUUUCCAUGCUACGCAGGUGGAGUAUGUCAGGACAACUGAAAAUGCCGAAAAGCAUUUGCAGAGAAUAUUAAUUGAUUACAGGUUAAGAAAUCCUUCUUUACUCAGAUUUCAGUAGAAAUAACACUUGGAUGUCUCCUUGUGAUGGGGAUACACAUGCAACCAUGGAAGUUUUAUUCACUUAUCCUUUAAAAACACAGCUGAUGACCCCUCAUUUUACGAAGCUACUUCCUUACUUUAUGCCAAUUGAUUCACACCUGCAUUCGUGACUUCGCCAUUAUUUGUGUCAUUGGUAUGUGAACAAGUUGGUUUGUCGGAAAAGAUGUGUACUGAUGCAUUUCUAGGGGCUGUUGGAUAGAUCUCAACAUCCUGGGCCUGUGAUGUGCGUCAUCGAAUCCGUUGACUACCGUAUUUUGAAGUCAAAUAUUCAUGCUCUGGACGAGUUUCCAUGCAUCAAGAUUCCUUUCAAUGCUCGUGACAGCAAUUAUCAGGUUUUUUUAUGGAUGCCUAAUACUUUGUUCUUAUAAUAUUCGAACAAUGCGUAUAACUGUAUAAAUAUAAAUCAGAAUGUUUAAUUUAUGUUUCCUCCUCUCCACUUAGACUCUCGGAUGGCAAAUUGCAGCUGGAAAGACCAGCAUGCUACGAUGUGCUGCAUCAUCCCAGUGGUUGAAUGAAAGAAUCCUUCUUUCCAGAUAUGCACAUGUAAAUUCAUUUUUCAUCUUGAAUCUCCUUUGACCGAACUGGUGGCAAUAUUUAAACUGGUGGCAAUAUUUAUGCAUCAGGUGCCUGUGGGGAAUUUUGAACCUGAUUGGCUUCUUUUUACCGCUGAUGUCUUCUUUUCAAGGGCCUUGCGUGAUAAACAGCAGGUUAGCAUUCAAGCAACAUAAAUCAUUUUGUUUAGGUCACCAAACUUCUUGAAGAUGACGUUUUCACACGGAUGUUCGUUCCGAUCCUCUUCUGAUCAUAUAACCAUUGUUCUUUCUUCUCAAGAUUUGUCUUCCUUAAUACCAUAUGUACAAGUUUGAUAAGAUUUGUCUUCUCAAGAUCCUCUUCUUGAAGCAACAUAAGCCUUUUUGCAAUCUUGAUUACCAUAUGUACUCUGUUUGUUCUGUUCUUUAGUGUAUAUUAUGCCGUACCUCCCCACUUAAAACAUAUAUGAAUAAAUGGAUUACAGUGUUUAGGCAUGACUCGAAAUGUCUGGCACGAUGUCCAAUGAGAGCGUCAAACUCUUCCAUUAAAAUGUAAACUUAUCACCCGGCGUAAACAUAUUGCAUAUCAACGUGAUACCUUUUGUUUAUCUCUUUUUUUUUCUUUGCGGCGAAUGAUGUUUUAUACGAGUUAUCUAUGUUUUUUGUUGAAUUAUCUAAUCGAUAGAUUGAUAUUUCAGAAUAAUUUGGCGCUAUUUCUUGUUAUUCUUCGUCAAUAUUUUUUCUGAUUUCAUGGCCUCGGAUGUAUACCACGUUGUCAGCUGUACUUAUCAAACUUGUAGGCUUCAUUAAGUUGUGUCAUCGCCAUCUUCUUACAUUUUCCCUUUCUUCAUGUUUAUUAAUAUUUACUGUUAAAACUCUGUGAUAUAUAGAUUCUCUGGAUAUCAGAUGACGGCGUUCCAGAUUUGGGAGGAAUUGUUGAAGAGGACACAUCAUUUAUUGACGAAGUCGGUAUCUAAACAUAUAAUGCUGAUCAAGAUACUGAAAAAGAAUCUUGAGCUUCUACUUUAUUUUAUGAUUUUUGAAAAUCAGAGUUAGGGUCAUAAUAGAGCAACUUGUCUUCCUUUCUUUGUUUAUUUGAUUUCUUAAUUUCUCCGAACACAGGUUGAUAAUCCUUUCGUCACGUAUUCUGGGGCGUACAGAAGAGUGACUGUUGAGCUGAAGGUGCAAUGAUUUUUAUCUAUCUGAUUAUAUUCGCCUGUCCCUUUUCACUUUGCUUUACUUCAGUGAGAUGUUCAAGGAAACGUUGAAAUACUAAUAUCUCGUGUUUCAGAUCCAUCAUCUGGCCGUAAAUGCGCUUUUGAAGAGUAGCCAAAUAGAUGAAAUUGAGGGAGGAGCAAUGUCUGGAUUUGAUCCUGACAAUAACAGCAGCUUUGACGAACUUAGUUCGUGCGCUUCUGCAUUCAGGGUAUUGAAGCAAUUGAUUCAGAGAUGCAUCGCAGAUGCUGUUGCAUCAGGAAAUGUGUUUGCUGACGCAGUACUACAGCAUCUGUACCGUUGGAUUUGCAGGUUCCCACUGUUGUACAUUAUAAAUUUAUAGUAGUAUCUCUUUUUCCCCCGUCCAUUACUUGAUUCAUUCAAUUUUCCAAUCAUUUGUUUUGCAGUCCGCUGUCCAAGCUUCAUGAUCCAGCCAUUCAUCGUGUUCUGCAUAAGGUAAUCCCUUGAACCCGCUUCAACUCAAUGUCCAAAGUCCUCUUAACUGAUAAAAUCACGAAGCGAUUGUCUGGCAAGAUCGAUAGAUGCCUUUAAACGUUUGUCUAGACUGUUAUAUUGGAUGGCCCUAGCUUGGAGGUUCAGAACGAAAUGAGAGAAGUAGAAGGUUCGGAUGGAGGGAGAGCAGGGAGAAGGAGUAAAAGGAUUAAAGAGCUCAAGGGAUGGUGACAUUUAAUAUGAAUAACAGAAACCGAAAAUAAUGCCCCCGUCCGCCUAACCACGAGGAGUGGCCGAUCUCCCUUGAUAUUUUAUGUCCAUUCUAAGAGACUCCCUAUGAUUUUCUGUUGACAGCUGAUGAAGAAGGUCUUUGCAUUGCUUCUCUCCGAGCUUCGAAAGCUGGGAGCGACAAUUGUCUUUGCAAAUUUCUUCAAAAUUAUUGUAGAUACAGGAAAGACAGAUCUGCCAGCAGCACGAGCUUAUUGCGAUUGCUUAUUGAAAGCUCUGCAGGCAAGGUAUGUCUCACGAGGAAUGAAUUCAUUCAUUUGAACGUUCAUUCAUAAUUUUUCUCUCGGUUGUGUUCCUUAUGGUUGGAUUUCUUACUUCUGUAGAGAUCUUUUGGAGUGGAUUGAGUUGGAACCUCUUCAAUUCUGGCAUUCCCUACUGUUUCUAGAUCAGGUGUGUUAUUCUCUACUGUAGUGAUCGAACUGUACCUGAUUGCGUGCUCAUCUCCGGUUUUCUUUUCACAAGCCCAGAUUUUAAACUCGUAGAUAUUUUCUCUAUUGUCAUAUUCUCCUGAUGCCUCAAGAACCACGCGCCGAGAUAGAUAUCUAGUAUUUCCUUGAAAAACCAUUGCUGUACUUCUCCCAGGGAAAUUUCCUAUAUCUCCAUGGGGUAGUAUCUCGCUUAAUACGUGGACCCGAAUAGAUCUUCUCCUUGAAAGUAAUCAGGGGCUGUUAGUGCUACUUUCCCAUCCAGCACACAGCCAAUCUUUCAGACUGUUGUCCACUGCAUUGAUCAACAGUCCGACGUUCUAUGGAUACGAGUUGUCCAAUCUUUCACACCCGCCAUUUUCUUUGUCGAUUCUGCACCACGAGGGCCAUUUUUUUUUCAGUAAUUUGUCAAAGCUCCCGGAUGGACCUCAGGUAUCCAUAGCUAGCUUUAUGAAGUUCGUCACUCGUUCACCACUAAGGUUUUGAUGCACUCUUCCUUUUAUGCACACGGCAGUACAACUAUGGGGGGAUACUGGACAAAUCGACGGCUCGGUCUUCUGCAGACAGCGAGAGUGUCGAGAGUGAACCUCGAGUUGACAUUGCAUCAAGCUGGAAUAUCGCUGAGCGCUUGCCAAAGGAGACCCAGGUAGGCCCACUGUCAUCAACCUUUGUCGCCCGUUGAUUUUCAGAAUACCUCCGUCAUAUCGUUGACUGCGCCCCCGGUUCCAUGGAAACCCCCCCCCCCCGACACAGGACCAUUUCAUUUUGGUCGUUUCCGAGUUCCUGUACAUUCCGUGGAAGUAUUCGCUGGAACUGGCUGCUGCGAGAGCCGGCGUGAGGGACGACGACGACUCGAGCACUCCGAUCACGCUGAUCUCUGCGGAGGCACUUGAAUUACGUGUUGCAGAAUAUCUCAAAGAGCAGGUUGAAAUUCCUCUAGCAGUUCAUCUCUCUCUCGUUGCUUGCUUCCAUUUGCUUCGUGACUCAGCAGCUUGGUUCAACCUCGUGUGGCAGAUCAGCAGGUAUUUUACGGAGAAACUCCUCAGGAUAGUGAACGACAUCCUUCUGCACUUUAAGAGGAGCAGAACUGACGGCGGUAACGCCGGCGGACCGGCUCAGGCUGACGCUCCCAAUGGUGAUCCCGCGCUGGAGUUCAUCAAGCACGUCUGCGCUGUCCUCGCUCUCGACCAGCACGUUGAGCAUGAUAUUCUAGUGGGUUCACGCUCACCCUCGAGCUCUAUACCCAAACACGAAUCCCAUUUCUUCGUUAAUCACAGGGUUUGACCCUCCUGAUCCCCUGAUCGGUUGUUCGCAGAGGAUGAGGAAGAACCUCCUCAAGCUGGUCCGAGUGAAGGAGUUCGCCCCAGAAGCCCAGUUCCGCGACCCUUUCCCCUCCUUCACCCUCCCGAACGUCAUUUGCAGGUGAGCUCCCCUCUGCAAGUACACAGCCUUCUCGUCGAACUAUCUCCAUAUGAUGACGCCCAUCUUUCAAUCCCCCCUCAUUAAGAAACCUCUGCGCUUUUCAUGCAUGGUUCUGUGCAGCUACUGCAACGACUGCAGGGACCUGGACCUGAGCCGCGACUCGGCCCUGCUGGAGCAGGAAUGGCGCUGCGCCGUGCCUCGGUGCGGCCAGCCCUACGACCGCGGGCAGAUGGAGAGCGCCCUGCUCCAGAUCGUCCGCCAGCGGGAACGGCUCUACCACCUGCAGGACCUGCUCUGCAAGCGGUGCCGCGGCGUGAAGGCCGACCACCUCGCCGAGCAGUGCACCUGCGGCGGCUCCUUCGGGUGCGAGGAGAGCUCCGCCGACUUCCUCCGCCGAAUGCAGGUCUUCCUUAAGGUCGCCCUCGGCCAGAAGUUCCUCCUCCUCCGGGACUGCGUCUCGUGGAUCCUAGAAGGCCCCUGA